AUGGGUAAGAUCAUGAAGAAGGCUGUCAUGAAGAGACCGGUGACUCUUGAUGUUCUUCCCGAAGAAGUCGUUGCAGAGAUCACAGCGCGCGUUGUUUCGUCAUCGCCGGCCAUGUUGUCGGUUUCUGAUCUUGCCAACAUGAAGCUCACAUGCAAGAUGUUGGGUGAAGCUGCAAGGGAUAGAUGGGUGCUCAAACGAGCCACCAUUGUGGACAGGUCUCGAGGGCUGGGCUGGUGGCUGUAUCGGCAGGGUUCGUGGCGGUUGGUAGUGGAUUGCGCAGAGGCAGGAAAUCAACUAGCAUCCUGCAUUCUAGGCAUGGUUGAAUGCUAUAAUAAGAAGAGAAAGGAAAAUGGCAAGUUGCACCUAGCGGUAGCAGCAGAGGAAGGUUGCAUGGAAGCCAUGUAUGCUCUUGGAAUUUUGCUCUUAUCAGAACAAGGGCCAUCAACAGCUGUAGGCGUGGAAUGGCUGGAAAGAGCCGCUAAAGCCGGCGGUGGCGGAGCUGCCGGACUGGUCAAGAGUAGGAAGAAGGCUAUGCAAAUGCUAAGGGACCUGUGGAUUGCAGACGGACUCCUGCAGCCUCAACCAUGGCACUGUGCGGAUGAUGAGUGCGGCAAGCUGGCAAGAGGUGAAGCCUCGAAAGGUUGGUGGUGUGAGGAAGACGAAGAAAACGACAGACGCUUCUGCUCAUCUCUAUGCAGAUCGAUCUACGAGUUCAAUAAAUUUGUCAAACAACUGUGA